UGGCCAGGCUGGUCUUGAACUCCUAACCUCAGAUGAUCUGCCCGCCUUAGCCUUCCAAAGUGCUGGGAUUACAGGAGUGAGUCACCGUGCCCGGCCUCCUCUCUCUUCUUUGCCACCGUCUUCCCCCAUAAGCCUGAAGCAGUUCCUGGCACUGGGUCCCAUGGGGAAGCGUGUGUGCAAGGGUGUGCUUCACCAGCACUGCCAAGGAAACAGACUUUUCACUUUCUGUGGAUUUUUCUCUGCAGCACUCUCUGAUCCCAUUACUCCCGGAAUAGUGGGAAUUUUGAGUGAUACCUAGAUAGGAAAGCUCUUAGGAUUCAUGAAGAAACUGAGGUUUUCUUGGUGGGCGUUUGUGCUUUUAAAGGGAAUUGUUGCAAUUCAGUGGAACUCUCUGAUAACCGCUGAAACUGUUACACAUUAGGCCUACUGAUCCUGUCUCCUAUAACCCAUGAAAUAAAGACCUGAUAGUCACAUAGUUGUUUGUUAUUUGGGAGGAUCCUAAAAGUACAGCCUGAACAGUGACCCAGACCACAGCUGGCCUUGCCCAUGCUGAAGUGAGGAAGGAAUGGGUGGGGGCAACCAAGAAAUUGGGGGACAGAGUUCUCUGUGCUGGGUAUCCUGGGACAAACCACCCAGCCACACUGAGCCUCCCCCCACACAGAACAGUUCUGGAUGAUAAAAUUCCUGCCUGGAAUGGAGAAUCAGAUGAGAAGAUGUUUGCAAAGGGGUUUGAGAUCAGUUAGGGGGUGGUAAUGACGAUGUUGAUAUAGUGGGUGUGUGACUGCCAGGAGCUGUGAAGCAGGGGGUGGAGCAUGCGGUGGUCAAAGCUUGGUUCUGAGAUCUCUAGUUUUCCAGGGGCUUAGGCUCCGCCUUAGCAGAAAAGAAGGAAAGGAAAUUGAGAGGGAAGUCAGAUGUCCCCUGCCCCUCACACCUGGGGGUGGCUGACUUGGAGGACUUGAGAUGGGGGGAAAUCUGAGUGAGGGCAGAGAGGAGAAAUGUGGAGGCUACCCACGGGGAGGCUGGAGAGCAUAUGGCACAUCCAGCCUGGGGAGUGGCACCGCUGGGGGAAAGGGUGCAUGUGUCAGUGGGGAAGGAGUGGUGGUAGCAGAUGUGAGCUUGCUGUGUCCACUAAAAAGGUCACGGCUAUUUUUAGGAAGUAGGUGACAAGGCAUGUUCCGGUAGAACUGCUCAUUACUGAGAACCCACUGUUGGCCUCACCCUGCAUGGUGUGCUUAAAAGGAGAGACCGCCCCCACUCACCCUAGAGUCAUCCCCCUGGUGUCCCUGAGACAUGGGACACUGGAUGAGGACCAGGUUUGGAGGAUGAAGAAGAUCAUGUAUUUGGUUUUGGACAUACUGUGUUUGAGUCAUGGGCACAGCGAGAUGGAAGAACUCACCUUGAACAGCUGAGUAAAGGAAGAUGAGCCUAUAAAGGACCCAGAAAAAGAGCUGCCUGAGAGGGGCCCAGAAAGCCAGCACAGAGUUGUAUCCCAGGAGCCAGGAUCUAACCAUGAGCUACCCUGGCUAUCCCCCGCCCCCAGGCGGCUACCCACCAGCUGCACCAGGUGGUGGUCCCUGGGGAGGUGCUGCCUACCCUCCUCCGCCCAGCAUGCCUCCCAUUGGGCUGGAUAAUGUGGCCAGCUAUGCGGGACAGUUCAACCAGGACUACCUCUCGGGAAUGGCGGCCAACAUGUCUGGGACGUUUGGAGGAGCCAACAUGCCCAACCUGUACCCUGGGGCCCCUGGGGCUGGCUACCCACCAGUGCCCCCUGGGGGGUUCGGGCAGCCCCCCUCUGCCCAGCAGCCUGUUCCUCCCUAUGGGAUGUAUCCACCCCCAGGAGGAAACCCAUCCUCCGGGAUGCCCUCAUAUCCGCCAUACCCAGGGGCCCCUGUGCCGGGCCAGCCCAUGCCACCCCCCGGACAGCAGCCCCCAGGGGCCUAUCCUGGGCAGCCACCAGUGACCUACCCCGGUCAGCCUCCAGUGCCACUCCCUGGGCAGCAGCAGCAGCCAGUGCCGAGCUACCCAGGAUACCCAGGGUCUGGGACCGUCACCCCCGCUGUGCCUCCAACCCAGUUUGGAAGCCGAGGCACCAUCGCUGAUGCUCCUGGCUUUGACCCCCUGCGAGAUGCCGAGGUCCUGCGGAAGGCCAUGAAAGGCUUUGGGACGGAUGAGCAGGCCAUCAUUGACUGCCUGGGGAGUCGCUCCAACAAGCAGCGGCAGCAGAUCCUCCUUUCCUUCAAGACGGCUUACGGCAAGGAUUUGAUCAAAGAUCUGAAAUCUGAACUGUCAGGAAACUUUGAGAAGACAAUCUUGGCUCUGAUGAAGACCCCAGUCCUCUUUGACGUAUAUGAGAUAAAGGAAGCCAUCAAGGGGGUUGGCACUGAUGAAGCCUGCCUGAUUGAGAUCCUCGCUUCCCGCAGCAAUGAGCACAUCCGAGAAUUAAACAGAGCCUACAAAGCAGAAUUCAAAAAGACCCUGGAAGAGGCCAUUCGAAGUGACACAUCAGGGCACUUCCAGCGGCUCCUCAUCUCUCUCUCUCAGGGAAACCGUGAUGAAAGCACAAAUGUGGACAUGUCCCUCGCCCAGAGGGAUGCCCAGGAACUGUAUGCGGCCGGGGAGAACCGCCUGGGAACAGACGAGUCCAAGUUCAAUGCAGUUCUGUGCUCCCGGAGCCGGGCCCACCUGGUGGCAGUUUUCAAUGAGUACCAGAGAAUGACAGGCCGGGACAUUGAGAAGAGCAUCUGCCGCGAGAUGUCCGGGGAUCUGGAGCAGGGCAUGCUGGCUGUGGUGAAAUGUCUCAAGAACACCCCAGCCUUCUUUGCGGAGAGGCUCAACAAAGCCAUGAGGGGGGCAGGAACAAAGGACCGGACCCUGAUUCGCAUCAUGGUGUCUCGCAGUGAGACUGACCUCCUGGACAUCAGAUCGGAGUAUAAGCGGAUGUACGGCAAGUCGCUGUACCACGACAUCUCGGUAUGGCCCUGCUGCAGGCAGACUGGGCUCCCUUUUGGCAUCCCAGUCACCUGUGGAACCUCCCUCCUUAGAGUGGCCGUAUGCUUGGCCUCUGUGCUGUGUGUGGGCAUCUUGUUUAUGGACCUCAGACUUGCUCAUCCCGUUGCCACUAAACUUCUGAGGGCAGGUGGGUCAUGACCUUGCUGUCGUCCCCACCUUGCAUCCCCCAGCAGCAUCAGAGAACACUCGGGACCUCCUCAACCUUGACCACGACCUUCAGCGUCCCAACCACCCUGUGAUUCCUUGAGCUGUCAUUGAGAACUCAUGUCCCAAAGGCUCUGUGGAGCUCUGCUCUCACUUGCUGACAAAGCACUUCUUGCACUCAGCUUUAUGGCAUAGGCCACAUAGUAAGGCUGUUCAGAGCGAAGGCCGUGGGGGUCACGCCACUUGGAGUCCAGCUUUUCUACUUGCUAACUGUGUGACCUUGAACAGCUUCCUUAAACCUCCCUGAACCCCAGCUCCAUUGUCUUUAAGAUGAGAAAAUAAUUGUUCCUUCCCAGGAAUGUUGUGAGUAUUGAGUGAGGCGGUGCAGGUCAAGUGUCUAUUAAACACUAGCCACUCUUGCAUCGCUGUGCGGCAGAGCCAGUCUGACAAAAUACAUUCUCAGCUACAUGGUCUAACACUCAAA